CUUAAGGCUUAAACCCAAAAUCUCUUCGAUUCUAUUUAUCUACUCUCCAAGAAACCCUACUAAUCAGUUCACUCUUCUCUUGAUUGUUCCCAAACGAUGUCGUAUCGCCCAACCGGAAACUCAAGGACCGAUGUCCGCCGGAGCCGCUACAAGGUGGCUGUCGACGCCGAGGAGGGUCGCCGGCGGCGAGAAGACACCAUGGUGGAGAUCAGGAAGAACCGAAGGGAAGAGAGCUUACAGAAGAAGCGGCGCGAGGGUCUCCAAGCACAGCAGAUUCCCGCUUCGGCACAAUCCACUGUGCUAGAGAAGAAGUUGGAACACCUACCUACGAUGGUUGCAGGUGUUUAUUCUGAUGAUAAUAGCCUUCAGCUGGAAGCAACUACUCAGUUCCGGAAGUUGCUUUCGAUUGAGCGCUGUCCGCCGAUUGAGGAGGUUAUACAGGCUGGUGUCGUUUCUCGCUUUGUUGAAUUUCUUUCGAGGGAUGAUUUCCCCCAGUUGCAGUUCGAGGCAGCUUGGGCUUUGACAAAUAUAGCUUCUGGAACAUCUGAAAACACCAAGGUGGUAAUUGAUCAUGGGGCUGUCCCCAUUUUUGUAAGGCUCCUUGCUUCACCCAGUGACGAUGUCCGUGAACAGGCAGUGUGGGCAUUAGGAAAUGUUGCUGGGGAUUCUCCCAGAUGCCGUGAUCUUGUACUCAGUCAUGGUGCUCUGCUUCCUCUGUUGGCGCAAUUGAAUGAACAUGCCAAACUUUCCAUGCUUAGGAAUGCUACCUGGACACUUUCAAACUUCUGCAGGGGCAAGCCACAGCCUCCUUUUGAUCAGGUUAAACCUGCACUUCCUGCCCUUGCUAGUCUUAUCCAUUCAAAUGAUGAAGAAGUCUUGACCGAUGCUUGUUGGGCACUUUCAUAUCUUUCUGAUGGUACAAAUGACAAAAUUCAAGCUGUAAUUGAAGCUGGUGUCUGUCCCCGGCUAGUUGAACUUUUAAUGCACCCAUCCCCUUCAGUUCUAAUUCCUGCUCUUCGUACUGUUGGAAAUAUUGUCACUGGAGAUGAUAUGCAAACUCAGGUUAUCAUCAACCAUCAAGCACUUCCUUGCCUUCUUAACCUGUUGUCUAAUAGUUAUAAAAAAAGCAUCAAGAAGGAAGCUUGUUGGACCAUAUCAAACAUCACAGCUGGUAAUAAACAGCAGAUUCAG